CACUAUUUAUUUUAAUUAUCGACAUCACCAACAAUAAAUCAUUAUACUCCUUAUGCAUCAUUUUAUGGAAUUACAUCUAAUUCGUAUUAUUGCUCACCAACAAUGUACCAAAAUUCUACUCAUAUAAAUUUGCAUGAUAUGCAAAGAAGUCAAUCUCAAUGUCCUGAACUGAAUUUUCCUUCUGUUAAUCAAAAUCAAACUCAACACUGUCAUAGAUCUCCAGUUGAUAUUUUAUUAAAAGUCUUUCCAAAAAAACGACGUGUAGAAAUGGAGUCUUUACUUCAUCGAUGUAGAGGUGAUAUUAUAUCGACUAUGGAAAGUUUAAUUUGCGAAGAUAAUCAGUCAUCUGAUUUUGAAUAUGGAUCGUGGUCGAGAACUACAACACCGGCUUCAGUAACAUCAGAUAUAUCCGUUUCAGAUAACUCAACAUAUGUUUCGAGACCUAAUAAUAUUUAUAGUUCACAAUCACCACUUACACGACAUCGAUUUCUUGCUGCUCCAUAUAGUGGAACAGGCUAUUUACCGACAGUGAUUCGACCUCAAAAUCAAGUUACAAAUAUAAAUUCUAUUAAAAAUAUUAACCCUAUGGUUAAUAUUGAUGAUAUUAGUGAUAAAUCUAGCAAUUCAGAUUAA